GAAGUCUGGUUUGUUUUCUCCGAGUGUUUCUUCUUCCGCUGACUGCAGCAGACCAGGAUGUUCCGGACCGCGGAGCUGCUGCUGCUGCUGCUCGGACUCUGCGGCUCCCUGCGGGCUCAGCUUCCUUCUCCUCCCACGGUUGUCAUCAACCUGGACGAAGAACCGGAGCAGCGGUGGUUGGUUCUCAAAAAAGUCUUUGACGUUGACUUCCUGAGCAAAGCCGCGGCAGAAAUCAUCGAAGCAACGGUUCCAAAAUGGGUGCAUCACGCAGCGAUCCCGAUUGUGAAGUCCCUGGAAAAAUACAUUCCUCCGCCGUACGCCGGCGAAAUCCGCAGCAUGGCCUCCGUCCUGGGAGGGAGCCUGUCUGACGCCAUCAUUCUUAACUUUGCCUAUGAAUUCACUGCAUUUUGCACCAGCAUCGUGGCUGAAGAUAAAAAUGGGAACGUGUUUCACGGGAGGAAUCUCGACUACCCUCAUCCUGUUCUGAGAAAUAUGACCAUGAAUUUAAUUUUCCAGAAGAAUGGAAAGGCGGCGUUCUACGGAACAUCAUUUGCCGGUUAUGUCGGCUUGUGGACGGGAAUGAGUCCCAACAAGUUCACCAUAUCCGGCGAUCAGCGAGGGACUGAGCACUGGUGGAACUGGUGGAAGAACGUUGUGUCCGCGUUCCUGUUUCACAGGUCGCCGGUCAGCUGGCUCGUGAGGGAGACCCUGGAGGAGGCCGAGGACUUCCUGGACGCAGUCAUGCGUCUGUCCAAAACCCCCCUCAUCACCGGGGUGUACUACAUCGUGGGCGGGGUGCGAGCGGGGGAGGGAGUCGUCAUCACCAGAGACCGAAAGGGUCCCGCUGACAUCUGGCCCCUGGAGCCUUUAAAUGGAGGAUGGUACAGAGUGGAGACGAACUUUGACCACUGGCUUCCUCCUCCUAAAAAAGACCAUCGGAGGGAAACAGCAAACAAGGCUCUCAAUGCUACCGGUCAAGACUACAUCAACAUGGACAAACUUUAUCAGGUCUUGUCACUGCAUCCCGUCUGCAACAGAAUUACAGUUUAUACCACAGUUAUGAGUGCAGCAUCGCCUGGGAAUUACAUCACAUUCGUCAGACCACAGGGCUGCUCCAAUACCGGCUGAUCUGGCUGUGUGUGAAAGACACAAACACAUUUCUGCUGCUCACUUUCUGAUACGUAGAAGUGAGACAGAGGAGGUUUGACUUCUUCUUUUUUUCUUUUUUUUUUUUAGGAUGGAACUGCCUUUAAAGAAAGAACAUUUAAUCUUGUCGCUGCCUUACCCAGCUAGCUUGCUACUGGUGCAUUUUACUAACAGUAAUUAGUUUUUAACUAAUUGCUGUUCUAAUUAGUUAAAAACAGUAGGAGAGAAAAAUCCUGGAAUGUGAAAUUUUGACCAUAGUCACUCAUCUUUUUCUUUUGUCUUCUAAAAAACAAAAUCAACAGAGAAAAUUGAAGAAACGGUUCUUUAAUUGCCUGAAGGUGGGUUAAAAUAACUCAGUUUGUCUAAUGAGACUUUUAAUGAAAAACAGCUGAAUUGAAUUGUGGGUAGACAUGAGCUAACCAAACACACAGUUUGACAUCGGGCUCAUUUAUCCAACAAGUGUUUUCACCUUAUCUCACAGAAAAAGCUUGACCUUAAACUAAAGCCACUGAAAUCUACUAUCAGGAUCCAGAGCUAUAUAAAUAAUGAUGGUCUCCAAUUACUCACACUGUUACAUUUAUCCAGCAAUAAAAUAACAAAACAAAAAAAAAAGCUGGAGUUCUUUAGGAAGUGCACAUACAACUGAAUGUCUUAUGCAAAAUGUGUAAAUAAUGUGAUUUUGCUGAUGCUUUUUAAAGUCAUACAAAUGUUUUAAUAGAUUUUUAGGGAUUUCUUUAUAUAUGUCGAUUAUUUUUUGUGCGUUUGCAAUAAAGCUUUAAUCCAUAAUGUGAAACGUUUCAAAAAGAAAAAGUAGAUUGGAAUUAUUUAAUAACUGAUUAAAUAACUGUGAGAACACAUUUUCAUUGCUGUGUUGCGCCACAUCAUCAUGGAUGUCCAAGUGGUUGGAAAUCACUUACUGUUGUUAAUAAAACCUUGCCUUAUUCAC